CUGUGCGGCUUUGAAGGACCUCAAGGCCUCGGCCCAACUCUUCCUUGGGAUCGUUUGCUAUUCAACACUCCACUAUUGCGGCUACUGGCGGUCUAGUGGCCGUGAUCGAGUCGUGAGCUCAGGAGGCAGCUGUCAACCCGCGGAUUAUAUUUGUAUUAAGUGUAAACAGGAGAGCCGUGAAAGCAGCGCGCGUCGGCACUACACCGGCGGCUCAUCCACUCAUCACCCGAGCGGCGUGAAGCGGGCUUUUCUGAAAUGGACGCCAGGAGGGAGGAGAGCCCCGGCGGCAGGCCCCAGGAUACUCGACCAUAAGAGUUAAAGCUAGCCGAGUUAGCCGAUACAUUUCCACUGUUUUUAUACGCGCCUCGCAGCGGAUCUCUUUUACUUUGCUUUGCGUCCGUGGUCGCCCACACUUUGUUUUUCAGUGGAAACACUUUUUGUUCGGGGGAUCAACCAUUUGGUUCCUGGGAAACUUUGUCAAAGUUGUUUAUUUUCCGUUAAUGCACUAAACAACAGACUUCAGCCACCCUCAGAGAGUGUCUUUAAACCCAGUAUUUGACUUCCUCUUUGUACACAUUUCAGUUUCUCGUGCCGUUUACGCGACUCUGACAGUCACUCUGUCGUUGUUAUUGUUUCGCCGCGACCUGAGGACUAACCACAAAGCGUCCCGAUGGAGGAAAAUGACAACAUGGACUAUUUUUACCAGCAGGUUUUGCAGAAGGACGUGACCCGACGGCUGCAGGUCGGCCCGGAUCUCAUAGACUACCUGAGCGACCCGCAGAGGUCCUGGGAUGUGGAGCAGGACAAACCCCGCCUGGAUAAAACCAUAGAUGAGCUGACGGGAUGGGUCAACUCCAGCAAUUACAAGGUUGCAUUGCUGGGGAUCGAUAUCGUCAGCGCAUUUGUGGAUCGGAUGACUGAUCGCUUCAGAGGUUAUAUCAUCACAGUGGUGCCUGCAUUAGUUGACCGUUUGGGUGAUGCGAAGGAUCAGGUUCGAGAACAGUCACAAGCACUCAUUUUGAAGCUGAUGGAGCAGACGGCAACACCCAUGUAUGUUUGGGAGAGGCUGUUUUCUGGCUUCAAACACAAAAACUUCCGCAGUAGAGAGGGACUCUGCUUGUGCUUGGUUGCCACUCUAAAUGCUUACGGUGCUCAGCCCUUAAGUUUGAGUAAAUUUGUUCCACAUCUCUGUUCGCUAACAGGAGACCAAAACCCCCAGGUACGGGAGGCAGCUAUGACAAGCCUAGUGGAGGUGUAUCGACAUGUGGGAGAGAAAGUGAGAAUAGACCUCAACAAAAGAGAUCUACCAUCUGCGCGGUUACAGAACAUUUUGAGCCGUUUUGAUGAAGUACUGAAUUCGGGGAACAUGGCUCUCAGCCUGAGUCAAGAUCGUAGUUUUGAUGAUGAUGACUCUGUGGACGGAAGCAGGCCGUCAUCGGCUCAGGCUGCAUUUAAAGUGCCCAAAGUACCCAAGAAACCUGGAGACUCUGCCAGCAGUUCCAGACGACCCAGUGCCACUGGAGCUGCCAAGACAGGUGUCUCUAAGGAGGUGGCAGGAGCUGUGGAUGAGGAGGAUUUCAUCAAAGCAUUCACAGACGUCCCCACGGUUCAGAUCUACUCCACACGAGACCUGGAGAAUAAUCUGAACAAGAUCCGUGAGGUUCUGUCUGAUGAUAAACACGACUGGGACCAUAGAACAAGCGCGCUAAAGAAAGUCCGAUCUCUGCUGGUUGCCGGGGCAACAGACUAUGAUUGUUUCUACCAGCACCUGCGUCUGUUGGAUGGCGCAUUUAAGCUGUCGGCAAAAGACCUGCGUUCCCAGGUGGUGCGGGAGGCUUGCAUCACGGUGGCGUAUCUUUCCACACUAUUAGGGAAUAAGUUUGAUCAUGGUGCAGAGGCCAUUGUUCCAGUGCUCUUCAAUCUUAUCCCUAACUGUGCCAAAGUGAUGUCCACAUCUGGCACAGCAGCCAUACGCAUCAUCAUACGGCACACUCAUGUUCCACGUCUAAUUCCUCUCAUCACUAGUAACUGCACGACAAAGUCUGUGGCCGUCCGGAGGCGCUGUUAUGAGUUCUUGGAUCUUCUGCUGCAGGAAUGGCAGACUCACUCUCUGGAGAGGCAUGUGGCUGUGUUGAUGGACAGUAUUAAGAAGGGAAUCAAAGAUGCAGACUCAGAGGCUCGAGUGGAGGCCAGGAAGGCAUACUGGGGGUUGCGGGCUCAUUUCCCCGGGGAGGCGGAGUCUCUGUAUAACUCAUUAGAAUCGUCCUAUCAGAAGACACUUCAGUCGUAUCUAAAGAGCUCUGGCAGUGUGGCGUCCCUGCCACAGUCGGAUCGCUCGUCCUCCAGUUCGCAAGAAAGCCUUAAUCGGCCGCUGUCAAAGUGGUCAGCUGCUCCAGGCAGAGUGCCUGCCAGUUCAAAAUCAUCAGGAUCUCCAGGCUCUUUGCAGCGUUCCCGCAGCGAUGUGGAUGUCAAUGCAGCCGCCGGUGCUAAAGCCAGACACAGCGGACAGGCUGGAGUGGCAGGCCGAGUCACGACAGGCCUGGCCCCUGGAUCAUAUGCAUCUCUCGAUGAUGCCUCUGAUAAGGAUGGGCGACUACGGACUAAGCAAACUUUAUCAACUGCAUCUAGUGUAGGGAGCAGUCAGGUCGACUCAAGAGGGCGGACCAGAUCAAAGAUGGUGUCUCAGUCACAACGUUCCGACGAUUCUGAUUGCACGCCAGGAUCACAGUCUGCUACCCCUGUUGGUGCGGGUUCUCGCUCGGGUUCCCCAGGCCGGGUUUUGACCAGCACAGCUCUGAGCACACUCAGUACAGGAGCUCAGCGUGUGAGUGCAGCACCAGGCUCCCACCGUCGCAGCCGGAUCCCACGCAGUCAAGGCUGCAGUCGAGACUCCAGCCCCACGCGCCUGUCUGUUGCUCCUUCAAACAUCAGCCACAUCUACAAUGGAUCAAAAGGAGCAAGGGGUAGUCGUAUACCACGGCCUAGUGUGAGUCAGGGCUGCAGUCGUGAGGCCAGCCGAGAGAGCAGCAGAGACACCAGCCCUGUGCGCUCCUUCACGCCGCUCGCAUCCCGGCAUUAUUCGCGCUCAACUGGUGCUCUUCAUGCCCCAGACGCCUUCGGGGCAGCAGGUUCUGGCUUGGGUAUAUCUCAGUCCAGUCAUCUCUCAUCCUCAGUUAGUGCAAUGAGAGUGCUGAACACAGGAUCAGACGUGGAGGAAGCCCUGGCAGAUGCUCUGCUAUUAGGAGAUAUGCGGGGCAAGAAGAAACCAGCUAGGCGGCGGUAUGACACCUGUGGGAUGUACUCAGAUGAUGAUGCAAAUAGCGAUGCCUCCAGUGCGUGUUCAGAGCGUUCGUACAGCUCCCGGAAUGGCAGUAUUCCAACAUAUAUGCGGCAGACUGAAGAUGUGGCUGAAGUGCUCAAUCGCUGUGCCUCUGCCAACUGGUCUGAGAGAAAAGAGGGGCUGAUGGGAUUGCAGGCAUUGCUGAAAAACCAACGAACUCUCAGCCGUGUUGAGCUGAAGAGGUUGUGCGAAAUUUUUACCAGGAUGUUUGCAGACCCACACAGCAAGCGUGAUUCCAGAGGCUUCGGCACGGCAGAAUCCGGUAUCAGUUCUGCCUCUUUUAAGGUACAGAAGUCAUUCUCACACUCCUGUCCUCCAGCACAAUCACAUUCAACAGCCACUCGAGCUGUUCUUCAGGGGUCUGGAAAAACCUGGAUCCUUUUAUGUGGAUAUUUAAAAGGGCUAUUUAAAAAACAAGCCAAAGUACAGAAAGCCCUAGACGUCACAAGAGAAUCUUUUCCGAAUGAUCUGCAGUUCACUAUCCUAAUGAGAUUCACAGUUGACCAAACACAGACUCCCAACUUAAAGGUGAAGGUGGCCAUUUUGAAGUACAUAGAAACACUGACCCUACAAAUGGAGCCACAGGAUUUUGUCAACUCAAGCGAAACCAGACUGGCAGUGUCGCGUAUCAUUACGUGGACCUCCGAACCCAAGAGCUCUGACGUCAGAAAGGCAGCGCAGUCAGUGUUGAUCUCGCUAUUCCAGCUGAACACACCAGAGUUUACAAUGCUUCUAGCUGCACUGCCCAAAACCUUUCAAGAUGGAGCCACCAAAUUGUUGCAGAACUACCUACGUAACACUGGAAACACAGCCCAGGCUCCAACGGGAAGCCCGCUCACCCGACACACUCCAAGAUCACCAGCCAGUUGGUCGAGCCCUUUAACCUCCCCUACCAACACAUCACAAAACACACCAUCACCAAGUGCAUUUGAUUACGAUACUGAGAACAUGAACUCUGAGGAGAUCUACAGCUCCCUGAGAGGAGUCAGUCAGGCCAUCCAGAACUUUAGCGUCCGCAGCCAGGAGGACAUGACUGAGCCACCGCGAAAAAGAGAUGGAGAUGGUGAAGAGGGUGGUGAUCAACCCACAGACUCUGGUCGGACGGCGCUGGAUAACAAGACCUCUCUGCUAAAUACUAUGCCGCUCCUCUCCUCGAGUCCCCGCCCAACGAGGGAAUACCAGCCAGUCAGCUACUCUGACUCCUUCAGCUCCUCCCCUUUUAAUAAAAGCCUGAAAGAUGCAGACCAAGAUGCGGAGUCCUUCACUGAUGACAGUGGUGUGGACCAGUCUGAGGUGGUUGCUGAGCUCCUAAAGGAGCUCUCGAAUCACAGCGAGCGGGUGGAAGAGAGGAAAGCUGCGCUGUGUGAGCUAAUGCGGCUGAUUAGAGAAACGCAACUGCAUGUUUGGGACGAGCACUUCAAAACCAUCCUCCUGCUGCUCCUAGAAACACUUGGGGAUGGAGAGCAUGUCAUUCGGGCAUUAGCACUGCGGGUGUUGAAGGAGAUCCUAAACAGGCAGCCGUGGCGCUUUAAAAACUAUGCUGAACUCACCAUUAUGAAGACCCUGGAAGCACAUAAAGAUCCACACAAAGAGGUGGUACGGGCUGCAGAAGAGGCAGCGUCUGUGUUGGCGACCUCAAUAAGUCCCGAUCAGUGUAUUAAGGUGUUGUGCCCCAUCAUCCAAUCGGCAGAUUACCCCAUCAACCUGGCUGCCAUCAAGAUGCUCACCAAAGUCAUUGACCGGCUACCCAAAGAGGGUCUUCUUCAAAUGCUCCCUGAGAUCGUCCCUGGGCUCAUUCAGGGUUAUGAUAACUCUGAGAGCAGUGUACGAAAGGCAUGUGUAUUUUGCCUUGUGGCCAUCUAUGCGAUCAUUGGAGAGGAUCUGAAACCUCACCUCAGCCAGCUGUCUGGCAGCAAGCUGAAACUGUUGAAUUUGUAUAUAAAACGAGCUCAGAGCGGCUCCGGCGGAAGUGACCAGUCUUCAGAUGUGGGAGGGCAGGGCCUGUAGCCGUGCUGUCACCAUUCAGAACUACAGCAUUCUCUUAGUGCAGGGGGACCCUUGCUGGAUUUUUAACUCACAUGCAUACACAAACACCUACAUACGCUUGCCUACAAGUACACAAAGCCGCAUGCACCUACACUGCUGGACACCCUCCUCCGGCCCCACACACCUUCCAGUGGGACAUGCGGCGAGGAGCAGCGUCGGACUGAAACUCUUCCUCCAAACUAGGAUCACCGUCACUCUGUGUGCAUGUCUGAGAAACCACUAUCUGUGGCACAGAUGGUGGACUGCUGAUGUAGUUUUGUUGCCUGGUCAAUGAGAAGAUCAUGUGUGUGCGUGCGUGUGUGUGUGUGUGUCAGAUGGGGAGGGUGGAAAUCCAGCAGAAAGAGGGGGAUGUUGUGGGUGUCAUUUGGUGCAACAUGGAAAUCAUUUCUUUUUAUCAAAGAGCUUUUGAGAAACUCAGAUUUUUAAGAUGAAGUUCAAAACUUCUUGGUCUGAGCGACGUGUCAUUAACGUUCCUAAUUGCUCACUAUCGAUUAUAAUUAACAGUCGUAUCAUUUCAUAACAGUGAGCGGUUGGUCCAGCUUGCUCUAUUAUAAGGCAUUCUUUGCUUGGCUUUAUGCAUGUCAUGAAUAAAACUGAACCUUUUUAUCUGGUUGCAUACAUGGCUAAAUGAGCCACGCGUCAGUCGUCCUGCACACCCAAGAUUCUCAUCGCAGUGAGGCCACAUGUGAUACCACACCACAUAGGCAAUAUGUAUCUAUAUAUAUAUAUAUAUAUAUAUAUAUAUACCAUAACAAAGGAAUAUUCAAGAAGAGCUUAUGUCCUGAGGGCGUGUGGAUUCUUUUAAGUAGCAUAGUGUCAUUCUUCUCUGAUGGGAAAUUUGUAGAAAUGUAUUUACGCACCUAAAUGCCGCAACUGUCUUGUCACUUCUUUCCUGUAGUGUCGGUCUUUCUCCCACCGUGAGGAAGUUCUCUUUCUUCCCGCUGCAUUUCUAGAACUGUGCUAACGAUAAAAUUAAAAUAAAGAAAAUGUACAGUAAU